AUAAUAUCACAAGGACUUGAUGAGAGUGAAAAAAAUACCUUCGUUUUUUGCAGUUUUUUUCGCAUCAAUAUUAAAUGUUUACAUUGUAAAAGAAAAAUAAAACAAUUUUCAUCCAAAAUGUUUCCAUUCAUUCGAAAUGUUUGUUCCAAGAAUCUUAAUAUUUUGAAUCAAUUAUGUAAAAAAUCUGUACAAAUAUGUACCCAACGAACUUUGGCCUCAUCACACUUACCAUUGAAUAUACUCAGUGAAGAAGAACUUGCAUUUAAAGAAUUAGCCGCAAAGAUUUCCAAUGAAAAAAUUGCACCAUUAGUUCGGAAAAUGGAUAAUGAAAACAAACUCGAUCCUAAUAUCAUUAAAUUAUUGUUCGAAAAUGGGUUCAUGGGUAUUGAAAUUGAUCCUGAAUAUGGUGGCACUGGAGCAUCAUUUGUAUCUGCUAUCAUUGUAAUCGAAGAACUUGCUAAAGUUGAUCCAUCGGUUAGUGUGUUCUGUGAUGUUCAAAAUACGCUUGUUGCUCUUAAUUUCAAAUAUUAUGCAUCUGAAGAAUUGAAAGAAAAAUAUUUUCCAAGAAUAGCUCAGGAUACGGUGGGUGCAUUUUGUCUUUCAGAAGCUGGAUCUGGUUCCGAUGCAUUUGCGAUGAAAACCAAAGCAGAAAAGAAAGGCGAUUACUUUGUAAUUAAUGGAGAAAAAUGUUGGAUUACAAAUGCUGGACAUGCUGGAUUUUUUGUUGUUUUUGCCAAUGCCGAUCCUUCAAUUGGGUACAAAGGUAUCACUUCAUUUGUUGUUGAUCGUGAUACACCUGGUUUAACUGUGGCUAAACCUGAAGAUAAAUUGGGAAUACGAGCUUCAAGUACAUGUCCUGUGAUAUUCGAAGAUGUAAAAGUUCAUGAAUCGCAAGUUUUAGGCAAAGUUGGCCAAGGUUAUAAAUAUGCAAUACAGACGCUAAAUGAAGGUCGAAUUGGUAUUGGCGCCCAAAUGCUUGGAUUGGCUGAAGGAGUGUUCGAUCAUGCUGUCAAAUAUACGCUAGAACGAAAACAAUUUGGUCAAAGCAUUUUUGAAUUUCAGGGAAUGCAACAUCAGAUCGCAAAAGUUGCCACAGAAAUAGAAGCGGCCAAAUUGUUGGUUUAUAAUGCAGCAAGAUUGUCCGAAUCUGGUCGUCCAUUUAUAAAAGAGGCAGCAAUGGCCAAAUUAUAUGCUUCCGAAGUGGCAGCGUCUGCCAGUUCAAAAGCAAUCGAAUGGGUUGCUGGUGUUGGAUUUACUAAAGACUAUCCAUUCGAAAAAUAUUACCGUGAUGCAAAGAUUGGUGCCAUUUAUGAAGGAACGUCAAAUAUUCAGCUAAACACUAUUGCCCGUUUGGUUGCCAAUGAGAUUAAAGAAAAAGAAUGAAUCAAAUCAUUUGUUGUAUUCUACAGCAGAUAAUUCAAUUGUAUUUUGUCUAUUUUAUCAUAAUAGAAUUUUUUAUUUCAUUUUCUCUUUAAAUAACAAGCAAAAAAAAAGAUGAUUAAAACAAAUCACAAUCUC